GGCGAACCCUCUGAAACUUGACGGACUGCUUACCGGUCUACCCCUUGUUACUCCUGACAGGUUGGUUAGCAGAAAGAGGUGAAGAUGCCAGACGCCGAUGAAAUCGAGCGGGGCCCGGCCGCUACGCCGGCAGACUUCGUCAAGGCACUCGAAAAAAGGGAUUUGGCACGGCUACAAGUGCCAAAGAUUGACAUCUUCCACUUUGAAGGGGAGAGGGUGUCAAAGUGGCUGGAGCUCCUAGAACAGAUUACUACCGAGGUGCCGGAAGCGGAUAAAUUUAAGUAUCUACCUCGAUACAUCUGGUGGGAAAUUCGGCCAGAAAUCAUGAAAGUGGUUGUUGGAACAGGGGGAGACUGGGCAAAGUUCAAGGCUGAAAUGCAAAGGCGGUUCAAGCUAGGAGAUGGCUUGCUGACAAAGACGGAUCUGGAGAUGCUACAGCGAGAUGAGUUCUCCACGGUGGGGGCAUUUGCAACAACAUUCAAAAAGAUGGCGAAGAAAGUCCCAGGAUUGGCAGAAGAGGAACAAUGUGCUACCUUCCUGGGGCACUUCAAAAAUUGGGAAGCCUCCUCGCUUACAGGGAAGAAGCUCACUUGGGCUGCCAUAAAGGAAGGCGUAAUGGACGGAGAACUGGACCAGGUAGACAUCUUUCAGAUGAGACAGGUUAGAAAGAAAAGGAAGGCAUUAGACGCUACAACAAGUGAUGGGCGCGACUUCAAGAAAAUGGUGGAGGAUGCGGUGGCCCAACUCGAUGCAGCGAAGGAGGCAAGAAGAAAAACUAUGGCGGCACCACAGACCCAAGGUAAAGCAAAGAAAGCGGUGGUGCAGGAGGAAGAAGAAGAGGAAGUGGAAGAGGAGCCUGAGCCGCAGAAGUUGACAAAGGCUCAAAGGAAAGCAAGGAAUUUGGCUCAAGGGAGGCAAGGCUCAGGGAGGGACCAGGUCCCACAAGCUGUAGCCAUGCCGCCCCCUGAGUCACCCAGUCAGGCUGCACCAGCACACUGUGGGCCAUGGCCAGGUUGUGGACCUUCAAGUCAUUGGCAUGGACAUUGUUCGUACGCCCCAUGGCCAAUGAGUGGGCCGCAUGGGUCAUGUGCCGGACCGUCGAUGAGCACAGCUUCCUGCGGCUGCCCGGGACCCCAAGCUCAGCAGAUGAGCCACCCAACCCCACCGCCCAACCAACCUCAGCAGUCAGCCCCACAAGGAUCGCAAGGCAACCAAGGUGGUGGACGUGGUCAGAAUCAAGGAUGGGGUCGAGGGCGAGGGAAUGGUGGUCGAGGAGGAAACGACAGAGGGAAUGGUGGUGGUAACGCUGCAGGCAAGGGAAACGAGGACUGGAUGGUCUCUGGAAGUCAAGGUGGUCAGGAAGGUGGAAGAGGUGCUGGCAGAGGAAGGAUAGAUUGGAGGAACGCCAUUUGUUGGCACUGUGGGCAGAAAGGCCACACUAUCAAGUUCUGCCAUGUAAAGAGAAAUGAUGAGGACGAAGGACUGAUCAAUACUAACUAUGAUGGGGAUAUGUACGACAAGUGGGGGUACCACCUUGAUCCAAGAACCCCAGGCGGGACAAGGAAGGAGGCCCUACGACGAGCCGAGGCAGGUGAACCACCUGCUCCUCCAGCCAUGUUUCGGAUGUGGCAGGAGAAAAAGGUCCGUAGCUACGUCAGGGUGGAGGAGGUAGGAGAGACCGAGGAGGUGGAGCAAGAGCGGAAAGCCGACACUACUAAGGCAGAGCCCAUCAUAGUAGAGUCGGACGAUGAGAUUGAAGAUUACUGAAACAGGCCAUUGCAUGCUGAGACAGGGGAAGACUAUUGGAGAACGGCCCGACAGACAAUGGAGAGAAUGAAGGACCUGAUAGACA